AAGAUUGAAGACAAAAACAAAAUAAGCACAUAAAGCAAAGACAAUGUCUCUUGGAAAAAGAUGAAGCAAGGAAUAUAACAAAUCCAUGUUAAAGCAAUUAAUACAAUAAUACUUUACUUUGGAGUGUCAAACUUGUUCUAAUACAUCAUCAUUGCUAUAUAAAUAUUACAAAUCAGAACGUCCUUCAUCUCACACAACACAACAUUAUUUCAAUCAAUACUACCCCUCUUGAGUUCCUUCCAUAUUAACCCUUCUUUCUCAUCAUACCUUCUAAGUGAAAAUGGCCGAAGGAGUUUUAUUCGACCUUGCUGCAAGUCUUAUUGAGAUGCUGGGUUCUGCAGCAUUCGAAGAGGCGAGACUGCUUUGUGGUGUAAAGGACGAGUUUCAGAAACUUGUUGGGACGAUUGAAGUAAUCAAAGGUGUACUUCUUGAUGCAGAAGAGAAGAUGGCUGUUGAUAAUCAAGUCAAAGCUUGGCUCAAACAGCUUGGAGAUGUUUUCAUUUUUGCUGAUGACUUGGUGGACAAGUUUCACACCGAACCUCUACAGCGUAGACUCAUGUCUGGUAAUAAGUUUACCAGACAGGUACGUCUUUUUUUCUCCAGCUCUAAUCAGCUAGUUUUUCGUUUUAAGGUGGGUCAUAAGAUUAAAGAUAUAAGAGAAAAACUAUAUGAUAUAAGAGCCAUUAGCAACAACUUUCAGUUAACUAUUCGUCCAAUAGAAACGAUAGUUGUUAGGGGAAGUAGUAUGAGGGAGACCUACUCAUAUGUGAGGGAAGAGGAAGUUAUUGGAAGAGAGGAUGAAAAGAGGGAGAUUAUUCAAAAAUUGGUGGAAAUGGAUUUUGGGGAGGAUGUGUCAUUCAUUCCAAUUGUAGGUAUUGGAGGAUUAGGAAAAACCACACUAGCUCAAUAUGUUUUUAAUGAUGAAAGAGUCCAAAAACAUUUUGAAUCAAAAAUGUGGGUGUGUGUUUCUGAUGUUUUUGAUGUGAAAUUACUUGUGGGGAAAAUUGUAAAUUCUAAUGCUUCUAACAGUUUAGAAAAUUUACAAAAUGAACUUAGAAGUAAGCUAAGUGGAAAGAAAUACCUGCUAGUGUUGGAUGAUGUUUGGAAUGAGAAUGGUGAAGAAUGGCAUAAGUUAGAGAUGUUGUUGAAGUGUGGGGGAAAGGGUAGUAGAGUCUUAGUAACCACUCGUAGUGAAAUGGUCGCUAGGAUAACUCAGAGUACAGUUGGGCCAAUUAAAGUAAAGGGUUUGAGCGAAGAUAUGUCUUGGUCCUUAUUCAAAAGAAUGACGUUUAAGAAAGGUCAAGAGCCAGUCGAAGGCUCAAAAGAAAUGGAGCUAGGAAUGGAAGUUGUCAAAAAAUGUAAGGGAGUUCCUUUGGCCAUAAGAACAAUAGGAAGGUUAUUGCAGCAAAGGUUAUGGCAGUCUGGAGACUCACAAAAGGAGUUGUCAAAGUUUUUGAAUAGUGAGUUUGCAAAAAUAGAUCAAAAUGAAAAUGAUAUCUUGCCCACCCUCAAAUUAAGUUAUAAUCAUCUCCCAUCACAUUUGAAGCAUUGUUUUGCUUACUGUAGAUUGUUCCCAAAAGAUCAUAUAAUUGAUGUGAGGGAGUUGAUACAACUAUGGAUGGCACAAGGAUUUAUAAAACACUCUGAUGAUAAAAGCCAAUGUCUAGAAGAAAUUGGUUACGAGUAUUUUAUAAAUCUACUUUGGAGAUCUUUUUUCCAAGAGCCAAAGACUGAUGAAUUUGGUGAUAUAAGGACAUGUAAAAUACAUGACCUUAUGCAUGAUCUUGCAAUUAAGGUGGCAGGAUCAAAUAGUGUCAUAAUCGAUCGAAAUUCUGACAUUUUUGAUGAAAAAUGUCUCCAUGUGUCAUUAGUAUAUUUUGAUCUUGAAACCAACUACUCACUGGAGAUUUUCGAAUUCUUUUCUCAACAAAAAAGACUUCGAACUUUACUUUUACAUAGUUGUAAAGGGUUGAGCUUCUCAAAACUAGAGGAUUUUCUGUCCAACUUUAAGUGUCUACGAGCUUUGAGUGUACCUUCCAUGAAAAUUGAGGUGUUGCCAAGGAAUUUGUGUGAAUUGGAACAUUUGAGAUAUCUAAAUCUUUCUGGUAAUUCUGAGUUAAAAGUGCUUCCUAGCUCUUUUAUAAGAUUACAGAAUUUGCAAACUCUGAAUCUUAAGAAUUGUAAUAGGCUUGUUAGAUUACCUCAUAACAUGAAUAAAUUAGUCAACUUAAGGCAUCUUAUGAUUGGUGGAUGUAAUAUAUUGAGAGAGAUGCCCCCUGAAUUUGGGUAUAUGAGUUCCCUUCACACAUUAGAUAGAUUUGUUGCAUCUGAGUCCAGUGGGGUUCAUGAAUUGAGCAACCUCAUUAACAACCUAAAUGGAAGUUUAACAAUUGAAGGACUCUGGCGCACGACAAACUACUCUGCAUCAAAAACAACUUCAAAGCGAGUCAUUUGUGAAGGCAAGCAUAAUCUUCAUUCCUUAACUUUACAGUGCAAUAUACUGGAAGAUAAUGAAAUGGCAAUUGAACGUUUGCAGCCACCUUCCAACCUAAAAGUGUUGCAUAUGUCGCAUUUCGACGGUGUGAGAUUGGGAGGUUGGGAUUCUUCAUUAAAUAACCUUGUUAAAUUGGAGUUAAACUUGUGUGGCCAGUGCCAAUAUCUCCCAAAACUAGAUCAAUUACGUUAUCUCGAGGAACUAAAAAUUAAGUGGGUUAAAGCAGAGUACAUGUGCUCCUCUGGCGAAGAUGAUGAUUUUGACGCCAACUUGUUCUUUCCAUCCCUGGUGACUCUUCAAAUUGAAUAUUGUUUUAAUCUCAAGUGGUGGUGGUGGAAAAAGGAAGUGGAUGGGAAUAAGAUUAGAUCAUUUCCUCGUCUUUCCAAUCUAUCAAUAUACCACUGCUCUCACCUCACUUCAAUGCCAUUGUUUCCAACUAUUGAAAAGGUUGAACUGCAUACAAGUAGCUCAAUGGCGUUAGAAGAUACGUUUAAAAUGAUGAGGGGAAGGAAGGCACACAACACUCACCCAAACAUGUCAUUGCUAAGGUCUAUCGUUAUAGAAUACUGCCCCGAUUUGACAUCACUACUGGUGGAAGGGAUUGAUAACCUUCCUUCCCUUAGAUCUGUCUCUAUAAGACACUGCCGCAAUUUGACAUCAGUACUGGAAGGGAUUGAUAACCUUCCUUCCCUUGAGUCUAUCAGAAUAUAUAUAACUGCCCCAAUUUGACAUCACUACUGGAAGGGAUUGAUAACCUUCCUUCCCUUGAGUUUAUCCAUAUAGCAGACUGCCCCAAUUUGACAUCAAUUCCCGACAGCUUUAGGAGAGUGGGGAAUUCUACUAUUUGGGGCUGUCCAAAGCUUGAACAGAGAUAAUAUGUAAAUGAAGUUUCUCUAUUGCAACUCUGCGAUGGAGCAAAUUUGUGGUGAUAAACAAGAACAAGGCAGAAAGGGAGUGAUGUAAUUGAAUUGAUUAGUUAUUAUGUUUGAUGGAACAAGAUCAAAGAGGAGUCCAAACUCUGGGAAGGCUGCAUUGAAAUGUGAAGAAAAUAUGAGAUUGAUUGUCCAAUGAUCAACGAUGUUAUGAUUCAGACAAAGUUUCGAUUGGACACAAGAGAAAUGGUGGAGACAUUGGGCAGAAACAAUGCCAUUUGGCUGAAUUGCAGAAAGAUGAUCAGACCGAAAAAGAUGGAGACAUAAGCGGAGUUAGCUGUGAAAAAGAAGAGUCUCAUUCUUUCAUUUCAACACAUUCAAUUUGAAGAUGCUGUUGAUGAGAAGAUUGGAGCUGUCAAGAAUUUCAGGGGAAUGGUUGGAGAAUCAAUCAGACUGAGAAAACUCUGUUUUCGCAUUCAGUGAACGAAUCGUCAUGCAUAUUUGAAUCCACGUAGAACUCGAAUGUAGCUCAAAGGCAUUAGAAGAUAGGUUGAAAAUGAUGAGGUGAAGGAACAUUCAGAGGGUGUUGAGGCAGACAACACUCAGCCAAACAUUUCAUUGCUCGAGUCCAUCACGAUCAAUACCUCUAGCGAUUUGACAUCAAUUCCAAACAAGUGCAGAAAAUUGCAGUAUUUUCAUAUUGAGGGUUGUCCUAAGGUUGAAAUUGAAGUUUGUCCAUUAUACAUUUUGUGUAGGGAUCAACAUUGCAGUGUGAUGACAAAAGUUGAAGCAUGAAUCUCCAUGGAUUGGAUGGGUUAUAUAUUUAUAUCAGAAUCUGUUGUUUAAUAUCUUAUGACUCUCACAUACUGUACAACUUAGUUAGUAUCAAAACACUUCAUUCAAAAAACAGAUUUUUCUCACUCUCAAUAUCUUAUGUCACUUUCCAGGCUAUAACAAGUCUAAUAACAAACUGAGAAACUGAGUUCUUCAUU